AUGGCUAAUACUGGGAAAACGGAAAAUGAAGACCCCUCUGCGCAAGAAGCCAUCGACGAAGCGUUAGAUUAUCUCCUCGAUGACUCCGUUGAUGACAUAAACAGUGGCACAAUUAAGCAGGUAAGGAAGAAAAGCUCUAAGACAGAAGUGCGCGUCACAGCGGGACUUCGUACGGAUCCGUUCACCGGCAAACGGGGCCUUCGAGUGAAGGCUGAGAUUGAUCGAACAGAAUUCGAGACUCAACAGAAAGAAGAUGCCAAUGACGAACCACUUGGUGGCCUCAGCCCUAAAGGAACACCGAUACUGAUAGAGGAGCAUCAUCACGCCAUUGCUGAUGGGGAUUCGCCCGUCGGGAAUCCGCUUAGCUUUGAAGACAAUGGUGAACCUAGCGGUGAAGAAAAUUACGACUUUCAUGUGGAAAGCGACAUUUCCUCUACAGAUUUGGAAAGUAAUGCUCAGGAUAAUUUGGAAAAGGAUGUUCGUGACAGAAAUGCACUCAACAAGUCAGGACGUAUCCUCGCUGAAAUCCUAGAGGGGAACAACGGAAAUGUUUCCAGUAGAACUAACUUAACUAGCCAUUCUGCUGAUCUGAAGCAAAAGGAAACUUCGUCAACAAAGACGUACGCGACUGCUAAACCCUAUCAGUUACUUAACCUUUCUACUUCAAUAUCACCUUCUUCUUCAAAAGUGGAUUUUCCUAUAUCUAGAAUGUCACCACCAGAAGAUGCUGCAGCGUUGGUGAGAGCGUCAUCCACUAAGUGGUACACGCGUCUCUAUCAAAGUUUAUCAGCUCUGAGAAAUGGCCAAAGUGGGAACAGCAACAUGUCUUCUAUUUCUCUUCCGUCUACCGGCAGGCGCAUUUACAACUGUCUCUUCGGAGCGCCGUCAGCGCAGGCUGCUACCGUUCACAGCAGUAACCUGACAUGAAGUUAGUGCUGCAAAAAUGGCUGUAUUUUAAAUAAAUUUCAGCCAAACAUGUAACGUAAGGUGCACUGCAUUACUUUGAAGAACGCCAUUUCUAUUGCCUAUGAUGUGAUGUGUUGUUUUUUGUUGCCCACCGCCAAUGGCUGAGGUAACGGACUGGCAUUCCCAAGACCGCACAACAAAAUGCGGCUGAUCUUCUGAACGUCCCCUAGAUUAGCAGUCGUAAGAGCCGCAGAUACAUUAUGUGAUAGACCUCUCUAUCUUUGACGCACGAAGCAUGGCAACAAACAAAUGCUUUCAGUUCAAGUGUAGAAAAAGCCGAAUUUAUUCCCACAAGUACAGUAAGCCGUCGCGUAUGCGGACCUUCAGAUUGACGUUUUGCACAUACGGCGGCGUAAAGCUGUGAAGAUGUUCUUCUUCUUCAUAAGGAUUAUGACAACGGGGUAGGCUGAAAGCCAAAUGCCGAAGAGAGCUUAAUACAAAUGCAGGAGAUGGAUCAGUAAUCUUUAGGAUUGCUGCUUGAUAGUUAGCUCUUCACCGAAUUUCACGCUUUAUUUUUCGAACUAUUAAAAGCCUCUUAUUUAAUUCUAACGCUUAAAGGCAGUAUCACAGUCGGCAUGAAGAAGCAUUGUCACAAUAUUGAAAAAUCUUAUUUUGACCAGUACGCUAUAGAUGAGAUUUUUCGUAUAGUAACAUACUGUUAGAUAUGGUUCGAAUUAGUAAAAUCCUAACGUUUAUCAUUUGUCUAAUAGAUACAGAUCAGUCGUGUCAAUGCUUAUUCGAUUUUAUCAUCGCACGUUUGAAACAAAGCAAAUGACUUCACUGUUCCGGAAACUUGGCUGAACAGCAUGUUCCUCAUUAGAUAGGUCUGCCAAGUUACUUUUUAACUUAAGCGAUAAUUCUAGUUACAGCCUUGUACAUACUAGUUUUGUUUAGCGAGAUUCAUCUUGAGAUCACUUGUAUGCCGAUCUAAGAAUAACCGCUUAGAGCAGUACUAUCCAAGCCAAUUAAGAAAGAUCAUUUAAUGCCAGUGAAUCUACUCCAUAUAAUUCAUUUAUUCGUAUAUAUUUAGUAUGCCUGCAUAUAUCGUACUAGUCUGAGAAAUGACCAAAUCGAUCGUGUGUCAAUAGUUUUAAAUGGAUGCGAUUUUUGCAUUACGCACUCAAGAUUCAAUACUAGAAGUUGGUUAGCUUUCGUUCUCUUGCUUACACGUGUCUGUUUAGAUAUAAGUAUGUUCCAGUCAAAACUUCUAAUCGAAGUUGGCUCUUUGGAUUCUUUCUUGAAUUCAGAUCGACUCAGCGCAAACAGACCAAUUCGUAUGAUUUCCCUUUUUGAAUGUUCUCUUUAUUCUCUUCGUAUGGAUUACAAUAAGACGAUUGCCGCUUAUGGCAACCUCUAUAUGCAAUCAGAUUGUUACCGUUGGGCUAAAUCUUCCUUUACGUCAUUUUUACGUAACCCUAUGAUUUUUUAUAUUUUAAGUGUAGCCUGCCUAAACGGCAAUAAAUAAUAGAAGCUAAUAUAUAUAUAUAUAUAUAUACUUGUGUAUUUAUGCGCAGAUAGUUGUUCUGUAUAGGCAUGUAAUAUUGUUGCUACAGUUUGUUACGUUUUAUUGCGCCCUUUUCUCAGUAUUAUACUUUAGUACUUCGGUUGAUAUGGUUUACUUUAGUUACUGUUAUUUUUUAAUUGCCGUUUCAAUUAACAAGCUAAUUACCUAGAAUAUCAAGUGGUCGUAUGCAUAUCUUUGGGCUCAUCUUGUAUAUUGUACCAUUAAUUACCAUUCGAAUUUGAAGCGGACCACUGUUUUUAUUAUACGUAUGUAAAACUUGGCACCUUGCGCGGUUGUUAGUACUGUUAACAUCAGUGUUGUUUUUACGAUAGAUGCGUAUGUAAGCGUAUGCUUUUGCACCGAACAACUGCGGUUUACAAUCAAGAUUAUGGCCUACAGCCAUCUGACGGCUACUUGAUUGCUAGUGGUAGUCUACGAUUCCUUGCCCAGGAAAAGCUCUAUGGAAAAACUCUCAAUAUUGUCCACACGCCAAACGCUGCAAACUAUGCCGGCCUUUUUUGGGCUUGUUGUAUAUUAGAUUCAUGAAGAUGUUCUACAUAGAUGUAUAAAAUGUAUGAGACGGGUGCAUUGUGUAUUCAAUCAAUGUUCAUUACUGUAUGAUACUGAAAGCGGAGUACGAAGCGCUAAUGAUGAACGUUACCUUGUAAAUUAUGACGCUGAUAAUAAAGAAAACGUCUAUCAACG